GCAUGACAAUAAAUGAAAAAUUAUCUUGAUGAAAAUGCUUAGAUCUAAAGCCUUAAACUGUACAGAGAAUGUAGGUGUCUAGGUUCUAUAGCUCCUUUUUCAAUUGCUGUUUGCUUGUUUCUUUGCACAAAAGCAGGCAUAGAUUAGGUCUGUUAUGUACAAAAAAUAAAACAAAAUGUGGGAGUGGCUGCACCUUUUUAUUACUGAUAAAAUGGCGGACUUGACAGAGGAGACUGAAGGCAAUGCUUCAGAAUCACCCCCACCUGCAAAGAAAAUUAAAACGGCCGAAAACGGAGGAGGGUUUCUAACAGAAAGAGAUGUUGGGAUUACUGAAUAUGUCAAUAAAAAUGGAGCACAGAUAUUUGCAAUUCUUAAACAAAGGUAUUCUGACUUCAUUGUUAACGAAAUAUCAUUGGCAGGUGAAACCGUUCACCUCACAAGUUUUGAAUUACCCGAAGAACCCAAUCAGGAUGAUGAAGGGCGGAGUCUAAGUGUUUUAGUGCCAGCUGAUGUUGUUGAAAAGUGUAGAGAUCUUUCGGAAUCAGAUGACAAAGCAAAAGAAGUGGAAUUUCAAGUAAAGGAUUGUAAAGAAUCUCGAACGUUGAUACACAAAUCAAUUAAGAAGUCAUUUCCUAAUCUUGACACAAGGACAAUCGAAAAGACAACUAUACGGGUCUUUCUACGUGGAAGCAAGUCAGGUGAAGUUAGAUCACACUGGUCCAAGGACAAAGGAGAUUACAUCAAGUUUGUACUUUAUAAAGAGAACAGGGAUAGCAUGCAGGUUAUCACCACACUCUCUAAGCUGUUGAGGGUGAAGUGCUCUGUGUUCCAGUAUGCUGGGACUAAAGACAAGAGAGCUAUAACUUCACAGCUGGUCACUGCAUACAGAGUUCUGCCUUCAAGACUAGCAUCAAUCAAUGGAGCAAAUACAAAUAUAAAAGUUGGUAAUAUAGAGUACUGUAAGACUCCUCUUAAACUUGGAGACACUAAAGGAAAUCAUUUCACCAUCAUAUUGAGAGAUGUUAAGGUUCCUGUAGACAGAGAGGGUGAGAUCGGCCAUCAUCAUGUUAACAGUCUUCUCCUAUCGCUUAAAGAUAAAGGAUUCAUUAAUUACUUUGGUAUGCAGAGAUUUGGGACAUCAACUAUACCAACUCAUGCCAUCGGAAAGGCAUUGCUGCAUUCGGAAUGGAAAGAAGCAGUAGAUUUGAUACUGAAACCAAGAGAAGGAGAGUCUGAAGAUUUCCAAGUUGUGCGUGAGUACUAUCGAUCCACCAGUGACAUUAAUGAAACUCUCAAACUGUUUCCGCCUCACAAACGAAACUCAACUGAAUACCAGCUGCUCAGGGGAAUGGAGAAACACGGAACCACUAACCUUUUGGCAGCACUUUCAUUUUUGCCUAGGAACGCAAGACUGAUGUACGUCCAUAGUUAUCAGAGUUACGUGUGGAAUCAAAUGGUCUCGUUCCGGUUCCGUGAGUACGGACUGGUGCCAGUUCCUGGAGACCUGGCUCUCCAAUCUGAGACUGUGAAUGGUGUUCUUGCCAUUACAGAGGAGAAUUGUCAUCAAUAUACAAUAUUUGAUGUAGUACUGCCUCUACCAGGUUAUAGUGUCCAGUAUCCUACUAACAAUGUUGGUGAACAGUAUCACAGGAUAUUAGCUAACGAUAAUCUAACGGUUGAUAAACUGAAGCACAGAGUCAAGGACUUUGCUUUACCUGGUAGCUAUCGUCAUAUAAUGGCCAAACCUGAUAAUCUUGAAUGGAAACUACUUUGUUACGAUGAUGUCACUGUUCCACUCCACCAAUCAGAUUUGGACAUUUUAGAGGACAAGAGCUUCUCACUGGGAACUAGUGGGGCAAAGAGAGCUCUUAAACUAUCUUUCUCUCUUCCUUCAUCAACCUAUGCAACAAUGGCACUCAGAGAAGUCAUGAAAGAUGACACUUCUUGUUUUGUACAGAAAAAACUUAAUUCACCCACAGCAGCAACACUGCAAUCAGCAGGCACAGAAAAUCAUCAUUGAUGCAUUAUAAAAUAAUAAAUAUUGAAUGAAAA